AUGCCUCGAAAAUGGACAUUUCCCUUUGUUGACUCAGAGUCUCUUAUUUGGGUUUUAGAUUUCGAUUUUAAGACUUUGAGAGAUUUUGAAGAUGCUACUGACAAGGCCGUCAAUAGUGAAUUCGUAGAUGUGGUGGUUUCCGCCGACAGCGGAGAUACAGUUAUAGACAUAUCCGAAAUUAACGUUGCAAGACCUGAGACAUCGACCGUUUAUGGACUUGAGUUUGGACCAAACGAACUGACAGUCAAAACCUUUUAUUCAGGAAACAAAAUUUAUGCAACUCGCGUUUUAGACAAUGGAGUACUGAUCUGGGAAGUCUCUGAAAAGGAAAGGUGCAAGUUUGUUGAGUUGUAUUAUAAAGGAGAUUCCAAGUUGUUGAGGCUCUUGAUUGUGCUAGGAGGUUAUCCUAGGACUUACUAUCUCUACUACGAGAAAGUUGAUGGCAGGUGGAAGAGUGUCCAAAGUGAAAAUGAGUUUGAUCAGAAACUUGAAGAAUUGAAAAACACUUUUGAACAAACUUCCAGAGAUUCAGAGUCACCAAAGAAUGCCGAGUCCUUUAAGGAAGGCUGGAUUAAAUCAAAGUGGAAUAGUGUCACAUAUUCAAGGUCGUCCACAAUGAUGUCCAGCCCCGUUCCUCAACAAUCUUUAGACCUUGAUGAUGUCACUGAUCCCAGAUGUAAAGUUAUAUAUGUGGACAUUGAUGGAGUACCUGUAAGAAUGCACAUUAUGAGUAUGGAAACAAAUGUAACAAAGCUUCUUUACGGGGAAAACGAGACAAAAAAAAACGAGUUACAUCAGACAUAUCGCAAGUAUCAGGAUACCAAUAGUUGGUACGACCGUUUUGGUUGGCUUGGCACAAAAGGCUGGAAGAGUUACGAUAGGAAAUAUCUUAGGAAUCUUAAUGCUCUAAAAGUUGGUUCUAAUCUACCCACUAGGUUUGCUCUGGACAUUUCUUCUUAUGAGGAUACUUAUGAUUGUAGAGUGACAGUGAGUAAGCAGGACAGCAUUACCACUCGCUUAUUUACCGCAAACUCUGGUCAUCUCAUAGAUAAAGUCACGGAUGGACCAACUGACAUAUGGAACGCUGAACAUGAUGUCAUUUGCUUUCUCUGUGAGGUUCACAUUAAAGGUAACUCCAAGCUUCUUAGACUACAUGCAACGAGUGGAAAUUAUCAGCUUGCUUUCCAAAGCUUUGAAUGCUCUGACGGGGACUGGGAUAUUGUAACAAACGCAGAUUUUAAUGCUAAACUCAAAACAUUGUGGUAA